AGCACUGGGGCGGAGGCGCACACGAUGGCUCCGGCCGGGGACCGGGAGGGCUACUGGGGGUCCACGACCUCCACACUGGACUGGUGUGAGGAGAACUACGCAGUGACCUGGUAUAUCGCCGAAUUCUUGGUAGGCAUGGGAUCCUGGUGCUUCCACAUGACUCUGAAAUAUGAAAUGCAGCUCUUGGAUGAACUCCCAAUGAUUUACAGCUGUUGUAUAUUUGUAUACUGCAUGUUUGAAUGUUUCAAGAUGAAGAAUUCCAUAAACUACCAUCUGCUUUUUACAUUAGUUCUGUUCAGUUUAAUAGUAACUAUAGUUUAUCUUAAGGUAAAAGAACCUAUAUUCCAUCAGGUCAUGUAUGGAAUGUUGGUCUUCACAUUAGUACUACGAUCUAUUUAUAUUGUUACAUGGGUUUAUCCAUGGCUUAGAGGACUAGGUUAUACGUCCUUAGGUAUAUUUCUGUUGGGAUUUUUAUUAUGGAACAUAGAUAACAUCUUUUGUGAUUCACUGAGGAACUUCCGAAAGAAGAUGCCUCCCAUCAUAGGUGUUGCCACACAAUUUCAUGCAUGGUGGCAUAUUUUAACUGGUCUUGGCUCUUAUCUUCACAUCCUUUUCAGUUUAUAUACAAGAACACUUUACCUAAGAUACAGGCCAAAAGUGAAGUUUCUCCUUGGAAUCUGGCCAGUGAUCCUACUUGAGCCUCUCAGGAAGCACUGAUGAAUUAUUCUCCCAAGAAAACAACGACAACAACAAAGAAAACAAAAACCCUACCAUUGUCCUGACUGAAUGAAUAAGGAAAUUCUUAAAGAUCUUCUUGUUCAAAUAUAUCGACCAUCACCGCAAAGGAGUGGCUUUCUAACUAUAUAGCUGCCAGCCCUUCAGAGAAUGCAGAGCUGAGCUUGCUGGGUGUUUAGCUCGUAUCUUUAUCUCAUU